CACACCAGCGUGAAACGCGAGGUGCUGGUGUGCGGCCCGAUGCCGCAGUAUCUACUACCACCACACCGAUCUCCUAUAGAUUUUCAAUUAGUCCGCGCGUAACGUGGAAAAUAAUGUACCACCACAACACCUGCUGACCGUCCACCUCGCGAAACCUCGUACUUCUCGUCACGUUCGAGGUCCCUCAAUUCCGUUUCAAGAGAAACACAUUUCUGACUCUGUGAUUUCGACGAGACAGCUAACUCAACCGAUAUAGAUACUGGAACACAAAUCGAUCUCCUUCCCAACAUCGUGUGCGUGAACAGUGCUAACCGUGGAGCACCAGAACGAUGUCUGGUGGUCAGUGACGGGCUCCUCGAUCGGUCCACGGCCGCCACACCGAGGAUGCCACUUUCGAUGAAUCCUGGGACCCUGGUGUCCAGGUUUAUGGCUCUCUCCGCGUUCCUAAUGCACUCAGGUAUCGUGGCCCUACGCAUGACAGCGCUGCAAAUACCUCAGCACGUACUACUGAACGAAACGGUGCGUAUGCAGUGCAACUUCAACCUAGACAAAGAGGUAUUGUAUUCGGUGAAAUGGUACAAGGAUGGCCACGAAUUUUAUCGCUUCGUUCCCAGAGACGAACCCGAUGUUCAGACGUUCCGUGUGCCCGGUGUGAACGUCAACAUUCGCAAUUCCACGGAAAGGUCUGUGGUGUUGAACAACGUGAACCUGACCAGUACAGGGAGGUACCGAUGCGAAGUGUCUGCUGAGGCCCCAGCCUUCCAAACCGUGUCUGAUCAUGCAGACAUGACCGUAGUAGUUCUUCCCGAUGAAGGGCCACGAAUAACGGGUGGCCGUUCCCGAUACCAAGUUGGAGAAGUCGUUUGCAUGAACUGCACGUCCGCACCCUCAAAACCGGCCGCCUUGUUGACUUGGUUCAUCAAUGGCGACCCGGCCGAUACCCAGUACCUGAAGGGACCGCACAUUACCGACGUGGAUGAGAAGGGCCUGGAAACCGCGGUGUUGGGCUUGGAGUUCCGUGUCGCCAACAAACACUUCAAACGAGGCGACAUGAAGCUCAAAUGCUUGGCAACAAUAGCGACUGUCUAUCUGCAGAGCAACAAGGUGAGCGUGGAGGGGGACGAGAGGAUCCUGAAAGCGCCGGUAAUGGAGAGUCGCGAGACCAGGGCGCAGAGCCACACUCGCAACGACUUAAUCAAUGGUAAAGUAAACUUUUACCAUCAUUACUUCGAACAAAAGAGAAAAAACUUCCCCAGAAAAUCAUCAGAUGCCACCACUAACAACAUGGAACCUAUGACAUUGGGAUCACCUGUUGGAAGUCCUGUGCUAAGUCCUGGAGCUCCAAGAACCUCUGCAUACCUUCCAAACUACCUUUUAGGUGAUGCUACAGCGCCAGCUAAAGUGAAUCUAACUAAUCUUCAAGAUACUCCAAAGCAAUUACACGUUGGAAACUUUGGUGUCACUUCUCCACUUUUUUCAUAUAGUACCCCAGACUAUCGUACUAGUCGACAGAAAGCAGUAUUUGGUGGUGCCAGUACUCCCAAUACACCACAAAUAGUUACAGAAAGUCACACUGGUGGACCUCCAACCAAAGGAUUAUUUGAUAGUUUAGAAACUUCUCAGGCUGUAUCACCUUAUGUAUCAGCUGCUAAUCAAAGCACGUCAUGCAAUCAAUCUAGGUUCUUAAUGAACACAAUGAACAGUUCUAUAUUUACGGAAAACCCAUUGAAUCCUAAUGCGAAUGAAUCCCAGGGUCUUCUGCAAUGGGUGACCGUUUUUGGCUUCCCCCCUAGCGAUACAAAUACCGUUUUAGCUCACAUCUCAAGUAGAGUUCGCAUAGUAGACAAACAUCCUGCACCACACUCUCAGAGUAAUUGGAUACAUUUGAAAUGUGCUUCAGAACAAGAGGCUCAAAGAGCUCUUGCGUGUAAUGGAAACAUAGUGUCCGGAUCCAUUAUGAUCGGAGUUGUUCCUUGUACCGAUGAAGGUGUUAUAUUAGGAUCCGACAAAGAAAAUCGUGCGAGAAUAAACGGAAGCGUAAAGUGCUUCUCCAAUCUAGGACGAAUAAAUCAAUCGUCUGAGUAUAAUACACCGCGUACUCCGAUUAAAAUACAAAAAGCAAGACCUUUGGCAGCUGGUUACAAUCAAAAUCUCAGCCCUCAGUCAGUGAGAUCGCCCGAGAAUGUACCACAAAAAUCAACAGGUCUAGUCUCUAAAGCGAUGGAAUACAUGUUCGGAUGGUAG